AAUGUCGCUUAACGUCUUUUUGAUGACGUCAUCAGUUUAUGUUUAGCGAUUGAGAAGUUACGAAAUUCACGAAUUUCAUUUAUCGCGCACGUUUGUGUACAAUUUAUCGUACGCGCAUUUUUUAUGUGUACAUUGUUACACAGCAAGCCUACAAAGUAUCAUACCGACGUUUAAAAUCGAGCAUCCACACGUAGUGUAACAGAAAGUCACCGAGACGUUUGUUACGUUACUUUUGGCGGCAUCGCAUGAAGCCACAGAAAUAGAUUUCCUUGUGCAAUAUCGGUGUAUUAAAAAUUCGGUGAAGUAAUUUGAAUAUACGGUGGAAUUUGGUGAGAUCAUCAACCUUGGUUCGUCGGGAGCGAGGUGUGAAGAUGGUGUAAAGAUAGUGAUAACAGCAAUUCAGAAUCAGUGACUAAAACAUGGAGAACCCGACAGUUAGCGGAUUGAGGUCAAGGUCUCGCUCGAAGACACCCUUCCUGCGGUCGAGCUGCGACCGCGAGAACUGCGUGGAGGGUGAGGAACACACCCAUCAGAAAUCUGGACGCAAAACCCCUGUGAAGAGAAGCACCCCAGUCAAACAACUAAACCAGCCUACAAUCAAAGUGACUUCAGAAACAAUAACAGAAGAGGAAGAACAUACUUCAGAACCAGUGCAUCAAACGAGGCGCGUCACCAGGAACGCAGCCCACCUCAUCAGGACAUCAGACUACUCCUCAGAAGAAAGCCUUGACCGACUCAAGGGGCGUUCUAAAGAAGUAGAGCAGAACGAGAUCAACAGCCAAUAUGAGCGCGUGUCGACGAGCUCGCGGGGCUACAAGACGCUAUCUGACGUCACGCUGAGCCCCAUAUACACGUCACACGGCGUUACUCAUGACCGAUCAUCACGCAUAGGCAGUCCAAGCUCCUACAGCGCAUGUUCAACGGACAGUUCCUUCGCAGAGCAGGCGCUGGCUGACGCCAGCUUACUCCUGGAGGUGAACCCUGACAACGAACACCUGCCUUCGAGGCUUUAUAAGAUGGCCAGGGAGUACUGGAACAAAUACCCAAAAACGGACUACACGUACUCGCAUCUAUCUAAGGACCGCGUAGAACUGGCCCCCGGGCAGGUAGCCAUGCCCAACAUGUCGCGACGCUCGCUGUCGCAGUUCCGCGUGCAGGGGCCCAACACCAGCCUCGACGAGCUCGACCGCCUGUCCGCCACCACCUCCUGGACGACCAGCUCCGUGCGGCGCCGGUAUACCUCAAUAGACAGUUCAGACGACGAGACUUCCUACCCGCACCAUAACGGCAGCGCCCACACAGCGGAGCAGCGCUGGUGGAUCACCCGGCUGCUCAUCAGCAUCGUCACCACCAUCACCACGAGUACGAAGAACACCUAUCGCAGCAUUGUCGGACCUUCGCACCGAUAUCCUUAUACUGACCGGAGACCAGCACAAGCAAGCUUACUAACUCGAAGCGCGGCAGCCUUGGCAACACCUUUCUACUGGAUCUACACCAUGAUCAAGUCCGUUGUCACCACCACCACUACCACCAUCACGGAAACUUUAUCACCGAAUCACGUGGAGGUCAAUAAGAAGUAUAUCGCACAGAACUACAAGAAUAAGACCGUUGCGAAGAAACGCUGGUGGCCCUGGUUCUUGCUGUUGUUGCUGCCUGCUGUCGCAUAUGGAUAUUACAACUACGCGGAAAAGACGGUGCCUCCUGAAGAACUCAUAGUAGACACAUACAAACCUCCACAAAUCCUUCAAGAUCCCGACUUGUCGAAACGCAUGGCGGCUUUAGAAGGCUGGGCAGUUAACGUCGACUCGCGCUUAAAAUACUUCGACCAAAAACUAUCAAGAUUUGACAACCUAGAAGCGCAAAUCGAACAAUACUCCCUGAAAUACUUACAACAGAAUUUAAUCCAAGUUUUUAACGAAAAUGACAACGCUGGCGUUUUGGCUGCGAAACUGAAGGAAUAUUUCGAUAAGGAGUACGUGAGUAAGGAUCAGAUGCAAGCUAUGAGUCAGGAGAUUCAUGAGCGAUUGAUAAGCAGUUGGAAACCUGAUAUGGACGAAGAUAAGAUUCGUCAGAUGGUCCAAGAGUACCUCGCGGUGUUUGAGCGAAGGCAGAUGGAGAUUAUAAGAGAAAGAGUGAGGGAGUAUGUAAGAGAUGUGGAGAUUCAUCACUCUCAUACUGGUAUUGAUAUAGAAGCUGUGAAAAGAAUAGUAGCAGGCAUGUUGGAUGUGUAUGACGCUGAUAAAACUGGACUUGUUGAUUACGCAUUGGAGUCUGCAGGUGGUCAAGUGAUAUCAACAAAAUGCACAGAACUGUACCAGAUCAAGACGAAGCAGUACAGCAUCCUGGGCCUGCCGGUGUGGUGGGUGUACACGUCGCCGCGGUUCGCGCUGACGCCGGGCGCCAUGCCCGCCGAGUGCUGGGCCUUCCAGGGCUUCCCGGGGUAUCUGGUGGUCCGCACGUACGCAAUAAUAGAAGUGACGGGAUUCUCGUUGGAGCACAUGUCGCGACUACUCGCUGUUGAGGGAAAGAUCGAGUCCGCGCCCAAGAACUUCUCCGUAUAUGGUCUCCACGGCGAAAUGGACCCAGAACCCCAUCUGUUCGGGGACUACCAAUACAACAAUAACGGCACUGCCAUACAGUACUUCCCCGUGCAAUACCCCAAAACUACAGACAUCGGGGGAGUCAAGUACCCAGUCGCCUACGACAUUAUAGAGCUGAGGGUCGAGAGCAACCACGGCAACCCAACUUACACGUGCGUCUACAGAUUCAGGGUACACGGCAACCCACUGUCUGACAUCCGCAGGGCCACGGAAGACAGUAUAAAGGACAGCGAAACGUAGCACACAAUAAAACAUUUUCUAAAGGAAUUGAGAUGUCACGGAAUUGAACAGUGUGACUUGUGAAACCAGUGGUAACGUCCAAACAAAUUGUGUUCAAUAAUGAGGAUAGUAAUCAUUCCUAGGCAUAUUCAGUGUAGUGUAAAGUGGCCUUAUAUUUAAAAUUCUUAAUAUUGAUAGUACAAAAACUGUUGGUGACUUUUAAAGAUGUUCUAAGUUUCUGAGCGCUUAGCUUGACCAGCGAAGUAAUGUCAAUGAAAUCUCUGAUACCGCACAAGCCCGUUAUACGCUUAGUUGUUCUGAAUACUUUUUAACUGUAUUUAUAUGUAGAUUUUUAAUGUAUUUUAAGGUUUUUUUUUUUUGUAAAAUUAAGGUUUUAUUUUAAUAACUAGUUUAUAGUUGAAACUGUUGGUUUAGAAACGCAGUGUGAUGUUUCAAAUAUUUAACUAUUGAAACUAAUCGUGUUUUAACAUUAGAUUAACUCUUACAAAAGGCAGAGCAUAACCUGAAUACUGUUGCUUACUGUUAUUCAUGAUUUGUUACUACAUAGAGAAUAUUAAGAGAGAUAUUUUAAUGUCCAUUGUUAUAAAAAGGGGAACACAAUAACUUGGUAGCUACUAGUAUUAAAUACCUAUUUAAUCAACUAUUAAUUCACACCUCGUUUCUAAAUCAAAGUAAUUUUAUCGAGUAAUAGGUUUAGUGAAGGAGCUAGUCCCGUUAGAUUUUAAUAAAUUUUAUGCCAAUAUAAAUUUUAAGUGUUUACGGUUUGUCUCAAAAUCUAAUAUAACCAGUAAGAAUAUAACACCCAGCAUCAUGUUUGAGAAUCUUAUUAGAAGUUAGGUUUAGUAUGUAAAUACUUAAGUAGCACAGCUUGUUAAUGAUUUGUAUGGCCCUAUUAUUAAGUGUUGUGUAAUGCGCAAUUCGAGCGCCCGCGGCCACAGGUGUGACCGCGGCAGAAGGCAUUGUUAGUUUUUAAACGGUAAAAAAAUGCCGUUAUUUUUAAACUUGUGUAGUCUUAUUAUCUACUUCAUGGCCUCCUAAAGUUUCUAGUACAUAGUCCAAUCAGACUCUUUAAAUGAACUUCUAUUGAGCUAUAUGUUAUUAUUCUUUAUUUAUAUAUUUAACUUUAAAUAAGUAAUAAUAGGGCAACAAAUUCACCUCUGUAUCUCUCUCCUGCUAGUUCGUAAUCAUUUCGAAUGAAUGCUUCGAAAAGUAAGACUUAAGUACCCCACAGACGCCACUGUUUUUAAUGUUGAAUUAGGUUUAUGUAGUUUAAAGUUACCACUAACAAUAAUCUUUGUCGUAAAACGUUACGGUCUUGACAUAUUCGGCAAGCAAUGAUGUACCUAAAAUAUUUUUAAUGAACAAUCAUGUCAAUUAAAUCGGAGUUAUAUUUUUCUACACAUCAAUACCUUCUUGCAAGCUUUUAUUUUUUAUUUGAAGAAAACGCUUAUGUUAAGUCUCCUUAAUAUUAACUAAUUGAGUACAACGCUGAUUCGAAAUAAAUAAAGAUAUCUGUACAAAGUUUAAUGUAAUUAAUGACAAUAAACUUGGCGACUGCACCUUUGCACCUAACGCUAGACCGAUGGUAUUUUAUGAAUUUUGACACAGUUUUAUCUCGUUAUUUUUUAAUGUUUUUAACUAACCGAUACUUACUGCUAAUUAUGUGGAAUAUUUGUGAUGUUCGAAAUAAAAGUCGUAUGAUAA